CUUGACAGGACACGGAAGAGUUGUUACAGGCCCUUCAGUGUUACCGCUGUAAAUCAGUGUGUCUCAGAGGGAAUAUAUAUAUAUGACAUGUAGUGGAUGGCUCCUCAGAAGGCCAGCGGAUCCUACUCGUGCUCAAGCAACAUGUCGACAAAGGCAGAUCUAGAAGCCAUCGAGAACCAGAUAUCCACUAUCCAGAUCAGCUCCCAUGGAGAGAUGCCUGCCCGGGGGUUCAAGCCUGUGGAGAAGGGCCGCAAUUGGGGAUGGCUCCUGUCUGGGUUUAUCUCCCUAAACGCAUUGCUUUUGGGAAUCGCCAUCGUGAGCGGGAGUGUUUUCAAUAAGGUCCAGAUCACUUCUUCUCACCUUCUGAUCUUCCUCAUCUUGCUGGUCAUCCUGUCCACUGUGUGGAUGGUUUACUAUAAAGUGCACACUUCCCGGGUGUACCGCGCGGUGCUCUACAAGGACAGUCACGCCGGACCUGUUUGGCUGAGAAGUGGACUGGUUUUGUUUGGGAUCUGCAGUGUAAUCAUGGACAUCUUCAAGAUUAUUUUUUAUGUGGGUCGAAUGAACUGCGAAUCCCCCAUAAAAAUAGCAUUCCCCGUCGUGCAAGCUGUGUUUGUCAUCGUCCAGACGUACGUGCUCUGGAUUCAUGCUAAAGACUGUGUGCAAAUCAAGCAAAACAUCACACGUUGUGGCCUGAUGUUGACUCUGUCCACCAACCUCAUGGUGUGGAUGAUGGCUGUGACCGAGGAGUCGCUCCACCAGACUGUGGCUCCGGUCAAACCUCCCACCAACAACAACAACAGCUACAACGACACGCUCGAUGGUCGCGCUGCAGCCAGUGAAUGCGAGUGUCUCCAUAACAUGUGCGACCUCUUUGAGAAGGCCUACUACUACCUGUACCCCUUCAACAUCGAGUACAGUCUCUUCGCCUCAGCCAUGACCUACGUGAUGUGGAAGAACGUUGGCCGCAAGAUGGACGACCACCACAGCCACAAGUUGCACUUCAGCCUGUGGGACGUCCUGGUGGGUCCGCUGGCUGGUCUGAUCGUCCUGGUGGCGGGUCUGGCUACGUUUGUGGUCUACGAAGUGGACGUGUCUAAAGACGACCCUAAGAAGAAGGAGGAGGCUCUGAUAAUGCACUACAUCAUGAACAUAGUGGCCGUCCUGCUCAUGUCCAGCUCCGCUCUCGCCGGAUGUAUCCUCUUCCGCAUGGACAAGCGGGAACAGGUUUCGGGGAAGAACCCAACGCGGAGUCUGGAUGUGGGACUCCUGGUGGGAGCGUCACUGGGACAGUUCCUCAUCUGCUACUUCACUAUAGUCGCUGUUUUAUCAUCCGGGGUUCAAGGCCACACAAACGGGCUCAACUUAGCGUGCGCUAUGCUAACUGUGAUCGAGCUGUGCAUUCAGAAUGCCUUUCUCAUCAAGGGCCUCCAUCGGGAGCCCUUUAAAGAGACGGAUGUGGCCACUGUUUUUGCCAACGUCAUGGCUGUGAAGGAGCGGGACCUGGAAAGACGGAGCAGCUCCAUCGUGCCCGCACACACGCUCCCCAUCCCACUGACUCUACUGCAAGGCAGGAUGUCCUGGAAGAGGAGGAUCCUGAAGGAGAUCUGCGCCUUCCUACUGCUCUGCAAUGUCACUCUGUGGAUUAUUCCAGCCUUUGGAGCUCGGCCUCAGUUUGACAACACCGUCGGACCAGACAUAUAUGAGUUCCAGACGUGGGCCGCCGUGGUGAACAUCGGAAUGCCGUUUGGGAUUUUCUACCGAAUGCACUCUGUGGCAAGUCUGUUUGAGGUGUGCCUCGCCGCCUAAAGCAGACCACCAUCCCAGAACUGUAGCACCCACUGCACAUAUCUUUGUAAAAUAAUAUAUUUUUAUAGAAUAUUUUUGUUUAGCCAAAUGUUUUAUAUUUUACUACGUUCGUACCGGAUAACACAAUGUUUAUAUGUUAGCAUGAGUCUAUGGCAAGCCAUUUUAGCUUUAAUUGAACUUGUUAUAAUAGCAACGAUCACAAUUUUGGAGCUUCUGGAUUCAAUUUUUACUUGUGAAAGUUACAAUUAGAGUUAUUAGUAAUAUGUAAUUAUUAGUAAUUUGUCUCCAUUGACUUCCAUUCUUUUAUAAUUCGGUCUACAAUUGAAUUUGCUCCCUAAAGCCCUCUAAUUAGUUUCUUACUAGUAAGAAUUACAAUUAGAGACCCCUUUAAAAAUAAAACUAUAGUCAUAAAAAAGAUAUAAUUACUUGUUUAGAUAAAAUCUGUCAUUACACUGUUUAAAAAUGAAGAGUUAAAUAUGCUUGGUAGGUUUUAAAAUAAGAGGGGAAGUCGGAAUCACAAUUUUAGCCGCACAUUUUUAAUAAUAAUGACUUCUGUCCUUUAUUAUACCCUAAUCACGUGACAUAUCAAGAGACGUUUGUCUCAUAAAAGUCCUAAAUAAAUCAAAUAUUUUAAAAAGUUCCUUUCUAUAUGUUUUACUUGGAUCCAGGUGAUAUUAAAAAAUGACAUGUAAUCAUUUUCCAUUCUUGUUGGUUAAUUUAAGCUCUUAAAUUACACUCUUACUAAUAAAAACAUACAUUAGGGAUAAGUUCAACUUCAGAGCUCUUUAAUUCAAUAGGAAUUACUAGUAAAUUAAAAUUAGAGAGCUCUAUAACUAAGUUCUUACUAGUAAUAUUGCAAUUACAAGUAAAGCAGAGUGCUUUUUAAGCUAAUUUGGCUUUCCAUGAGUGUGUGUGUGUGUGUGUGAGCGCGAGUGUGUGUGUAGAUCUAGACCAUGUUGAACUGAAAUCUUUCUGAAUGUAAAUAUCGUCAUGAUAUCUUCUGAAAUAUGGCCUAGCCCUGUUACAGGCGUUCAACUGUUAGCAGUGCAGCAUAAAAUCCUCCAGAAAAAGCAAUGCUGUCAUAAUGUCUGAAAUGAGCAAACACUGCUGUACUCUUUCUGUUGCUGAUGGAUAAAUGAAAUGUGGAACAAUAA